AUGAUGUUCAAACCCACUGCAAAGUCACACCCUCUUCCACCCAUGCCGGCGGAUAGUGUCUUCGCCGGGGAACGAUACAAACAGAACAUGGCUAUACUUCAUAAAUUUGCCGAGGGUCCUAUGCCUACGUUUUCUCCUCAUCCCGCACACGGUGUUCCACCCGAUUUCAUUGUCAUCUUACUCUCAUCACUUCGUGGCCUCUUGGUGUCUUUCUCGCCCAAAGGCCUGUUGUUCUGUUCGUUUCAUCUCAACUCUAGAAUUCACAAGAAUGUAUGGCAAUGGGAAAUGUCUACCGCACAUAUCUGCUUUAUAGAGAAUAUCGAAAGGACUUAUGCUUAUGCCGUUUGGGCCACUGAGAAUAACGACCUAGGAAACUUUCUCGGAUUCGCAGAAAUUGCCAUAGUGCAGAUUUGCAAACAUCAUCAAUUUGAAGAAGAUAAGAUAUAUCCUUUUUUCGCGAAACAUUCUGGUAUUGACCCCUGGUCUAAAAACGUAGCAGAGCAUCAUACCUUCUCUACACCUCUUGAACUUUUAUGGCUUUACCUUCGUCAUUCUCGUGAAACUCUCUCUCCUCCACCUAAACCAGUAACCUCCCCAGUCCCGACCCCCCCCGAAGAAAUCCUUUCCCUCGACCGGAGUCAAGCUCCUCUGUUGGACUUUAACAAACCGUUCGACCCUUAUGCCAUGAGGAGACAUAUGGACAGUUUCAUGGAUAUUCUCACUCAACAUCUGACGGACGAGAUAGACACGUUGACACCGGAGAUAAUGACUCACUUCCCACAGGAAAAAGAUAAAGAGUUGAGGAAGAUGAUGGAAGAACAUUUUAAAGCUUAUGAUCCUGCUUGGUUUUUAUGUUCUGCAUUUACCACAGUGGAUAUAACUUUGCUGAAAGAAAUCAUCCCUUUGCCUUUCCUAGUCCGCAGGGUAUUGGUACCUUUUAUCCUCGGUCCGAAAUAUUCAGGUUUUUGGCUUUACUCGAAAUAUCCUCAGAAUCUCACUUGGGCAGGGACAGCCUGA